AUGUAAAUCAAUAGGAAUCAAUUCAUCAAAGUAUUUGGCUUUAACAAUUAUAUCUAAGUUUUUAGUUGCUUCAGAUAACCAUCUUGGAGCAAAUGAAAAUGUGGGACCAAAAUCCAAUAGAUAUUAAGAUGCUUUUGACGCUUUCGAGGAAGUCCUUUAAAUAGCUUCACAAUAAAAUGUAGAUUUUGUUAUAUUGGGAGGGUAUGAUUUGUGUCUAAAAUAAGGGAUUUAUUUCACGAGAAACACCCAACAGAACAUUGUCUACUCAAAUGUGUUGAUAUCCUACAAAGACAUGUGUUUGGAGAUAAUUUUGGCGGAAUUUAAAUGGAAGUCAAUUCACUCAAUUAUCAACCUAAUUUUAGUUGUUCUAAUUUUAAUGUGCAAUUACCAAUCUUCAUAAUCAAUGGUAAUCAUGAUGAUAUUGUCACCGAAAGAAAUGAAAGUGUAUCCAUCUUAGAUAUACUACAUGAAUCCAAAUAUUUAAAUUAUAUUGGCAAAAUUACUGAUUAAUCAAAUGUUUGUAUAAAACCAAUUGUUCUUGUUAAGAAUAAUUAAAAGAUUGCACUCUAUGGUUUAGGUUAUAUGAAGGAUUACUAAUUACACAAAAUAAUAAAUGACGGAAAAUUGGUGUUGGAUUCAUUAGACCAAAAUAAUUUUAAUAUUCUAAUCAUUCACCAGAACAAAUAUAAAGGCAAUCAUUUUCAGGAUGAAAAGAAUUUUAUUGAUCCAAUUUAUUUUAAAAAAUACAAAAUUGAUCUUUUGAUUUGGGGUCAUGAACAUGAAGCGUAACAUUUUCAUUGAUUUUAUCAUAGAAUUUAUACCUUAGAUACUUGUGAGCACUAUUAAGUAUUCUAUCCAGGAAGCACUGUUGCUACAUCUAUAAUAGAAUAUGAAUCACUAAUUAAACAAGCAGGGCUGUUUACACUUACAAAGAAUCAAAUGAAAUUUGAAAGCAUUAAACUUGAAAAAAGCUAUAGACCUAUGAUUUAUAAGAGUGUAGAGUUAAGUGAAUUGAUAAAUACCGCUGAAAACAAUUAAAAUCUUAGUAAUUAGGAGAUGGCUGAAAAACUACUAUUUGACUUUGUUGAAAAAGAAUUAGUAAAUUACUAUCAAACCAGUUCAUUUAGACAGAAAAAACCAUUGCUAAGAGUUAAAGUAGAAUAUUCUGGAUUUGAAAUAAUGAGAAUGAGAUAUAUUGAAACUAAAUUCGCUGAUAGAGUCUCCAAUCCAGAUUAAAUAUUUAAAUUUUGGGAGAAGAAAUCAAAUCUAUAAGCAUAAAUACAAAAACGAAAAGAAUAAGCGUAAUUGAUUAAUCAAUAAUUUGAUAACAUCUUAAAAAGCAAAGUUGAGGUUAAUUCCCAAAACCAAAAUAUGAUGAAUGAGUUCUCAAAUAUGGUAAUGAUAGAUUCUCAUAUUUUAAGCUAUCUACUAAGUUGUAUCAAUAAAACUUCUAAAUCAUAGAAUAAGGAGAUUUCUUAAAUAUACUCGAUAACUUUUUAUCAUCAACUAAUAAGGAGAAGUCGAAUUUAUUCAAUGAUUUAUAUCCGAAGACAAUCGAGAAAUUUAAAGACAACAUCGUACCAUAGUAUAAUAACAGAAUAUUAUAAAUUGUGAAAAAGCAAAGAGAAUAUUAAGAUUCCCUGAUAUUUUAGAUUCGAGAUUCAAUCAUUAAAAAUUUUGAUGGUACAACAAAAUGUGAAUAAUUGUAUUGCACUAAUUUUGGACUUGAUAUUAGCUAGAUGUUUACUAAAUUUCAGGAAGAUUUUAGAAUUGACAUAGCUAAGACUAAUAUAAAUUAAGUAAAUAAAUCUAAUGCUGCUUUGAUGCCUUCAAAAUAAGUUUAGUUGUAGAAAAAAGAAAAUUUCUAAGAAUUAUCUCCAAUUAUAAUAGAGGAUGACUCCUUGCCUAAGAAUGGUUACACAUAAACUAGUAUAUUUGGUUAAGAUGAACAAGAAGAUGAAGAGGUGGAAGAAAAGUAAGAUAAUAAAGGGAAGAAAGGUGCUAAAAAAAGAAAACCCAUAAAAAAGGAAGAUGAUGUUGUAAUUUUGAAUAAAAAGUAAAAAUAUAAAAUAGAAUUAUAACCUUAUGAGAAGGGAAUGAAUAAAUUAUUAUGA